UCCAAACUCUGAGAACGAUUUUCUUGCAUUUUUGUGAUUAAUACAAAAUAUUUACCAUUUAGAUUUUUUUGUAUGUUUUAUUAUUCAUUUCCGUCCUCUUAGAACAAUAUUUUUACGAGUACAUCUGACAUUUGGGCGAUUCUUUGUUAAACACGCACUCGGUGAUCCAAUGAUACGCCCCCUCAUUAGCAUACAAUAUUUUCUCAAGAUGGCGGAAGGGAAAGACGUCGAUAAAGGAACGUAAACAAACAUGGAUAUUUUUAGCUGCUUAGUUUAAAGUAAAGAUGUCAAAUGGCUGCGGACUAUCAGCCACCAGAGAGAAAAAAUAUAUAACAAGCCUUUCUACUAUUCGUCCACGAGAUGGAAAGGACGUUAAUUAAAACUUAAAAUGUUCCACAAUGAGAUUAGAUAUGUGUGAUAGUUUACCGCCAACCUCCAUCAUCACAUCAAGUGGGAGUUUGCUUGAGGGGAAUCACGAGCCUGAUAUUUCAGUUCUAAAGUCUAGGGUUAGAAAGUGCAAUUUUGAAGAUUCACAUCAGACAAGUUUUCCCAAUGACAAUCCAUCUCGUAGUGAAAGUAUUUCUGAUGAUGAGUUUUGUUCAACAAAGUAUCUUGAUCAAGGAAUGUGUUCACAGUUAUACUCGAACUCAAGUGAAUGUAAUGCAAGUUCUAAACUUAACAAUUCAAGUAGUGAGAAUGGAGGAUUCUCAGUUGUUAAUGAUAUUACUAAACAGGAAUGUGAAGUAAGGGUGGAGAAUCUCAAACACAAUGGAACAGCCUCAUCACCGAGUGAUUCAGCAUGCUUGAGUGUGAAGAGAGUGGAUUCAAGUGAACUGAAGUCUGGACUUCUUAUAUCUCCUAUUUCCCUCACUCAAGAUUUGCCCAUAAGUGUUGGAGAAGAAGAUGAUAACUGCCUUUCUUCUGUGUUGGAAAAGAUUUCUGCACCACUGGUUUAUUUGCCCAACACUCGUCAACUUGUCACAGAAACAUCCAAAGAAAAUGUUGACACAAAGACUGUGUCAAACUGUGAUGUAAACAAUCUUACUGAGACAAGUCAAAAUGAGGGAAGUGAUGAAGACUGCAUAAGUGACAAAUGGAAACUAGUUAAUUUACAAGACACAUCAAGUAUAGGAGAAACAGAUUCCCUCCUAAGACUCAAGGAUCCAGAUCAACUCACUUGCAAUAGUUUCGACUUUGAUGGGUCACUACACAGAGUACAUACGGGAGAUUCUUUGUUGAGGACAUUUAAUGAUGCUUCCAGCUUGUCUAGUCUGAGCACCUGCACCGAUUUUUCUGUGUCUGCAGUUUCCGUGGGUGAUGAUGCUAGUGAUGGGACGGGAAUGUGCUUGGACACAGGGGAGGGGAAUUUCAUUGAAGUGAACCUACAUACCAGGAACUCAUUUGAUAGAUGCAAAAAUAACUCAUCAGACAGUGGAAUAGAAGAACAAGGAGCCAAACCAAAGAGAAGGGGCAUCUCAGGGUUUUUGUCAAGGGGACUGUUUUCACGCAAAUCUAAGGAGGAGGAAGAGGAUCAAGGGUGGAAACUUUUUGGACGCGUUCCUCCAAAGCAAGGUGUAGCAAAACCCCCUCAGCAGAUUUCCCAGGAAUUUCAACAACGAAAUGCUCUUGUAAACACCAACAGGACCAAGAAGUCAGACAUAGAAGUGAUGUCUACAACAGCACUAAUACUGGAAAACAGACCACAAAAUUUACCCACAAAAGAUCCCGAGGAAGCGGAAAGACAUAGGCUGCAGUACGAGGCCAUGAUAGAGGCUGCUAAAAAGAAAGAACAAAGGGACAUAAAGAUGAAGAAAAAACACAUUCAGCAGCAGUUAAAACAGGAAGACCAGAUGCUGCAGCUGUCUAGACGCUGGGCAACAGAGGUCUUGCCAAACUGGGAACUAAUGAAAAACUCUAAGAAAACCAGGGACAUGUGGUGGCAGGGAUUACCAACAAAUGUUCGUGGAAAAGUUUGGAAGUUGGCCAUUGGAAACGACCUCAACCUCACUCCUGAGCUGUAUCAGAUUUGUGCCAGUCGAGCAGAAGACAGAAUCAAACAGACUUCUGACGCAGACACUGCUUCAGCCAGUGAAAGUGUUGUGGAAGUGUCCUCCACCAAUCGAGAGGCCAGCGUAGAACUCAUCAAGUUAGAUAUCUCUCGCACAUUCCCUCAGCUGUGUAUCUUUCAAAAGGGAGGACCCUAUCAUGACCUUCUCCACAGUUUACUGGGUGCUUAUGCCUGCUACAGACCAGAUGUUGGUUAUGUACAGGGUAUGUCUUUCAUUGCUGCUGUGUUGUUGCUGAAUAUGGAUGUGGAUGAUGCCUUCAUCUGUUUUGCUAACUUACUGAAUCGACCUUGUCAAGUUGCGUUCUUCAGAAUUGAUGAAGCUAUGAUGAAGUUUUACUUUCAAACCUAUGAAGACUUCUUCAAAGAAAACAUGCCAACAUUGUUUCACCACUUUAAUCGGAAUAAUGUUACACCAGACAUAUAUCUCAUAGACUGGAUCUUUUCUUUGUACAGUAAAUCUCUGCCAUUAGAUAUUGCCUGUCGAAUUUGGGAUGUCUUCUGUCGAGAUGGAGAGGAGUUCUUGUUUAGAACAGCAUUAGGGAUCCUGAAGCUGUAUGAAAACAUUCUUAUCAACCACGAGUUCAUUCUCCUGGCUCAGUACCUGACCAAACUGCCCGAGGACAUGUCCAGUGAUAGUCUGUUCAGAGCUAUAGAACUGAUAAAUAUGUACAUUGAUAAAAAGAAAUUCAGCCAAAUUUUGGCCAGUAAGAAGGAGCAGGCAAAGGCUGACCAGUCCUAGUGAUGUAUAAGCAUCAGACAUUGUGAUUUCCUCUGGGUUGUCCUGCCUCUUUCCUUAUCUAUAAAUGGAAUACUCAAGUCAAUUGUAUGUCAGAUUUGGAUGUCAUUUUCAUGCUGUCUAGUCAAGAUGAAGACUAGUAAAAAUAUUUUGUGAUAUUUUUUCAUAAAUUAUCAUUUUCUUAA